AUGAAAGAGGACCCAUCCAUCGAAACUUCCGCCGAGCGCAUCGCCGUCGAGCGAGGCACGGACAAGAGCCCACUUUCGGAGAUCUCAACAGUCACCCACGAUGGCGAAAAAGACACUUCCGCCGAGAAGGAGGGAGGCCUCGCUGCUAUACUCACAGUCAUCGGCUCAGGACUGGUCUACUUCGCGUCCUUUGGCUUUAUGAAUAGCUAUGGGUACUUUCAAGACUACUAUCAGACCGACUAUCUGGCCAACUACUCGUCUUCGACCAUUGCUUUCAUCGGGACGCUGCAGAUCUCGCUGAUGUACUUCGUGGGACCGGUCGUCGGUGCGGCGUUUGAUCGAUGGGGAUUGAAGUGGCUGUAUCCGAUCGGACUUGUAGGCUGUUGUGGUUCCAUGCUCGGACUUUCAUUCUCGCAGCGCGGCCAGAUCUACCAGCAGUUCCUCUCGCAGGGCAUCCUCUUCGGUUUGUCCGUAUCGUUCGGUGUGCAGCCAGCAUUGGCCGUAAUAGGCCAGCACUUCAAGAAACACCGUGCAAUGGCAAUGGGCCUCGCGGCAGGCGGCUCGAGCAUCGGUGGCGUCUGUCUGCCCAUCAUGUUCGCUCGCAUGGUCCCCAGAAUCGGUUUCGCCUGGACAAUCAGACUCGCAACGCUAAUUUUCUUCUGCUGUUUUAUGGGCGCUAUGCUGUUGUCUCGGACCAAGGUACCUCCUUCCGGAAGUGCUGAUGUUGUUCGAAAGCCUCUACGCUUGGGAACGCUCUUCGACUUCGCAGGGUACAAAGAUCCUAGGUACCUUGUUUUGGCCAUUGGUUGCUUCACUGCGAGCUUGGGACUGUAUGUUCCAUACUACUACGUUGAAAGCUACACCCUACUUCAAUAUCCCGAUUCAUCCAUCCACAGCUACCUUCUACCUCUGAUCAACGGCCUCAGCUUUUUCGGCCGCAUCAUGGGCGGCUUCGUUGCGGACAGAAUCGGCAGACUAAACCUUCUCUAUCCGAUGGCCUUCGUCUCAGGAGUAUUCAGCUUGGCCAUGUGGUUGCCAGCUAAUAAUGUCGCGACGAUCAUUGCUUUCGUCUGCCUCUAUGGCUUUUCGUCCGGCAUCUUCAUCAGCGUCAUGCCGGCGGUCGUCGCUCAGAUCUCGCCAGACGACAAAAUCGGCGCAAGGAUUGGUGCGUUGUUCACGCUUGCGGGUGUGGCUACUUUGAUUGGCACUCCGAUUGCUGGCAGUCUCGUGGAUAGAGACGCGGUAGAUGGAUACAGGAGCUUGAUUCUCUUU